CAACCAAGUUUCUUGUACCAAUGUAAUUCAAAUCUUAUUCAAAAUGCAAAUUUUUGUCAUAAUUAUGGAAUUGCAAUUAAAGCAGAAUCACCAAGUAUUGCAAAUAUUAGAAGACACAAUAAUGAAGACCAAAUUAUUAAAGAUUUAAUCGAAAAAGAAAAAUCUAAAGAUUUUAAUCAAAGAUUUAAAAAUCAACUUGAAACUCAUAAUGUUAUUCGUAGUAAUAUUAUUCGUAAAAAUAAAAAUAAUCAGAUUAAAGAUCAAAAGGAUCUUAUUGUUAAACCAAUACGAUUUAGUUCUCGAUCUGGUAAAGGAGUUAUUGAUAGCAAUGCAAAAGCUAUUAAAACUAAAUUUGAUGUAUCAGAAAGUUUAGAUAUU